AUGGAUGGCAAAUAUGCCGUGCCGGCCUUCCUCGAUGUUAAAUCGAGGGAUGGCAAUCUCAACCUGGUGCUGUGCGUGGUGAGUUCCGCAGUUGCCGGCAUUGGAAUUGGCUUAUUCGGCUGCCUGCUUUCUGCAGCUGAUCACAUCAGGCGGCGUAAUGGUGGACUGCACACAGUGCGCAGCCGCUUUUUCUCCUGGAUUGGUAUGAUUGGCUCCGUGGUCUUUGGAUUGGCUUCGCUCGUCGGUCUGGUUUUCGGCUCGGUCAGCUUAGCCACAGUGGUGCGAGCUGGAUCGACGCUGCCGGCAAACGCCAUCUUUAGUCAAAUGUUUGGUUUGCGACCGCUGGUGCGGGAUGAUGUGCUGGGCACUUUGGUAACCAUCUCAGGCAUUAUCAGCUUCACCAUCUUCCAAGGGUGGUCUGAGUAUCAGCACGACCAAAGUGAGUUUCUGGCUCGGAUGUUUGCUCCAGGGUCCAUUGUCUGGAUGAGCAUCUUGUUCAUUCUGCAAGCCUUGUCGAGCUGCUGGCUGUAUUUUCACAGGAGCACGAAGCGAGACAGCCGGGAGUAUGCAGCAGCGGCUCGGUGCCGCGCUGUGGCAGCCACAUUGAUCUGCUCGUGUUCGUCAGCCUUCAUGGACUUGGCAGCCAAGGGUUGGUCAUCCUCUUCCAAGGUCUCAGAAAGUGGUGGUGGGGUGAGCUUCGGUCUGGCAUCGCCCACCUUCUGGACAGCGCUGUCUUUGAACGUCGUUUUCCUGAUCCUUAUGAGAUGGUCAACUAUCUAUGGUUGCCGACGAUGUGAUGUGCUCAUGUUUGUUCCCUUGAACACAACAGCCAACAUCAUCCUCAGUGUUGCCUCCGGCAUGAUUUGCCUUUCAGAGUACAAGUCCGUGAAAUCUUGGCCGGGUCUUUGGACUGCUGGGCUGUCCAUGCUGUGUGGCAUUUUCAUGCUCGUCACCGGGCCGGCUGAGACCAUGGCUGGAGCUGGGAUGUCCUGCAACAGCUGGAUCGAGUCGCCAGAUCCGGCUAAGAGUCAGUCCAGGCCCGAGACUCAGACGCGGCGGACGUUGAGCCCUGCUGAUCUUUCGCCAGCGACCUCCCCGGCGAGCUCUCAUGACCGAGUGAUCCCCCGGGAGAGAUCAGUCGUGGAACAGUCGGAGGAGGACUUACGUUCUAAGGCCUCCGCGCUGGGCUUCGUCUAUCUAAAUCGCAUCCACCGAAGAGCUGCACGUGCGCGAAGUGAGAUCGAAGGCUGCUUGGCCGAGAACCUUUCCGACCGGCGCGAGACGGCAGGAACGGGGUCUGCGCCAACCGAGCCACAGCCGUGA